AUACCAUCAAGCUGCCUGAAUGGUGACAGCAGUCAGCAGGUGAACAGGUGACAUGCUAGCUCACUUCCAGCGUUUUCAUGGCUCGUUCUGCGCUUCUGUGGCAGGUUUGUCAAUCGUGAUCGCGGUUUAUUGUGGACUGUUCAGGAAUAUAACGAGUGGGACAUUAUUGUGAGUGUUUGAGAGGUUUAUGGUGUGUCAUUCUCCCGCUACGGGGUCUUAUUUGGAUUUGGAAAGCGACUUUACGCACAAGAUCUCCUCAAUCCAAGAUUUUGAAGUGAUUACUGCGCGGUGGGAUGGCGGAGGAAACCUACAACGAAUCAUUUCCAGAUCUGAAGGAAGUGGAAAAUAAAGUUGGCAGGAAGACACCGGAAAGUCUUCUAAUUUGGAUGAGGGAUGCUGCGGACGGCGAAAAUGGAUGGAGGUCUGAUGUGGUGGACAUGGGAGACCGCAGCUCCGAUAGUUUUUCUGACAAAAUAAGCAAUUUAAAACAAGAGAUGAGGUGUCUGCGUUCUGCUGAUGUGAGGAUUCUGCGGCAGCUGGUGGCUGUGCACGAGGGAAUCGAGGCGAUGCGUUGGCUGGUGGAGGAUCGGGGCGCCUUCGCCAGCCAUGGCAGCAGCCUGACAGGCAGCCUGAGCAGCCUGGCCACGGUGGAGGAGGCCUCCAUGUCCCCCUGCAGCCAGAGUCCAACUCAGGAUUUGACUGAAACAUCUGGAGAGGAAUCAGCUGAUCACACACUAUCCACUGAUGACGUGGAUACAAACCACAUGGAGAUCCCAGAGUCUACUGAAGCAAGGCAAUCAAGUCCUUCCACCCCUGAGUUUGAAGUCAGUAUUUCCACACAUGGCAGGCGUGAUGGGGCAUCAUCUACUCCUGUUAAUGGUUUGGUUAGAGCCACAUUUCCAAAGUCACAACCACAAGACCUUAAAGCCGGCACUGACAUUGUCAGAAAAGUUCUCCUCAGAUCUCGCAGAGCAAAAAAAGACAUGAGAGCAGAUAGUGGUAGCUUUUCCCUCACUGAACAGUCACAGGCAGAUCACCAAGCUCAGGAGAGUCCCAGCACCUCUCUGAACAAUACCAUGGAAGAGGAAGAGACUGCGCCCAAUAGAGAGACGGCUUUGCUGGGCUAUGACGCUCAGUGGUGCUGGGUGGAGUCACUGGACGAUGUGAUGUUUCUAUGA